AUGCCCCGACUCCAUGACGGCCGUCGUCGGAGGUCGCUAGACCCUGGUUGUUACCAACGACGCGACAGCAUCCAUGCUGACGAUGGAUUGGAGACAACAGCAAGUAGCUGUGACAAACAACCGCAACAACAACAGCAGCAGCUGACAAGCUCGGAAGGGAAUGGACAGGAACACCUUCCCAUGACUGAGAGCACCAAAGGCUCUACUGCUACUCCCACGCCUCCCAUCACUCAAGAGAACGGAGCCAACAAGGUACUCUCUCAUCAAUCUCGGUUGCCGCAUAAGGUCAAGCCUCGACGUCGAAAGAAGCGACAGUCGGAUUCCAACGCCUUUGCUGCAGAAAUGGAGACAUUCUCGUUUGCGCCUCCUCCAAAACGUCGACGGGAAUCAACCUCCAACAACUCUUCUACCGCUUCUCUGUCUCCCAGCGUUGCUUCCGCCAAUGCCGAGAGAGACGACUUCCCCAUGGUCACACCGGCGGCAUCCUGUUGUGCUUCCGUGGAUUCCGAAUUAGAACCUCUUGGAGCAAGACGAACGGGACCCAGCAAUCACUGUGACAAUCAUCAUUCGGUGGUGAAUUCUUUAGCAUUCGGGUUGCCUCAUCCAUCAAAGCAACAAGCAGUGCCGAAAAAUGGAGCAUGGCGCUCUCCUCCUUUUAUUCCUCAGAACCAACAACAGACGGGAAUAAAGCCAUCCAAUUUCAAUUUGAACAUGAAUGAUCUCGUGGCGUCACUGCAGCGAGAAUUGUUUGCCGUCAAGGAACGCCAUCGCGUAGAAAUGCUACAGCAACAAGAGAAACACAAAGCUGAAAUCGAGGGGUGGGAACGAAAGUGCCAAGAAAAGGACACGGCAAUACAGGAUCUCAAGCAACAGCACGAAGUCAGCAUGAAGACUCAAUCCGAACAACAGGACAAGCAACAAAAAGAAUGGCAUGCCAAAUGCGACCAGAAGGAUAGUGCCAUGGUAGAAUUGGAGAAAAAUCACGCAAUCAGCAUCCAAGCCAAAGACGAACAACACGCCAAUCAAAUCAAAUCCUGGGAGGUCCGUUGCCUGAAAAACGACACCACAAUCAAGGAGCUCCAUCACAAACAAGAACAGAUCCAAGAGCAACAUGAUAAAGACAAGGCAGAAGCUGUCGAAGCAGAGCGAAAACGAGUUGAGCGUCUAUGGGAAGAAGACAAGCGCAAUCUGCAGCAGCAGUUGACCACUGUCCGGUCCGAACUCGACAAUUCGAAGGUGAAACGAACCCAGUUGAUCAAUUUGCAGGAGAGUGAAGCAGCUCAUCGCACCAAGUUGCAGAGCAUGUCGAUGCGGGUGCUGGAAAUGACGGAAGCGCAGCGAACUCUAGUCAAAGAAAACGACCGUCAAAAAGCAGAGUUGGAGACUCUCAAUGGGAAAAUCCAGGCCAGUCGGGAGGAACGUCCAACGGAAACAAAGAAAGAGAAGGGGGAAGACUGGACGAGCCAGGAACAUCGAGCUGCUUCUUGCUUGGCAGGAUUGAAUACGAAGACGACUUCAAAUUCGAAGUGCGAUGUUGAGAUCGAUUUGACUGCAAAGAACAACGCCCCGUCGGCUUCUGCCGAGACGCCCAAAGCGAAGGGGUCGCAAACGCAGUCAGAACCGUUGGUGACAAUGUCUUCCUCGCGCGCUCUGCGAUCGAACUGCGACAAGUCGCUCAUCAGAAUGGCAAGCCCCCGAAAGGCGAGAAGGAGCGGUAGCGUCCUUGAAAAACUAGAAGUGGUGCAGCUCCCACGCAGUGCCAAGUCCACCAAGCGGCCUCCGACAAGAAGGUCCUCCAGAAGGAAGGGUUUGCCGGUGCCCACUUUUGGCCUUCUGGCGAAGCUUGACCUCAACCUGGAAAAAGACAUUCAGAAACGCACUUCCAAGUUGGCGCGAAAGAAAUAA